GAUCCGCCGCCGCCUCGGGUCUCGUUAACCUUCCCGAGGAUCAUGUCGUCCUCGGAGAAAGUCACGAAGCUGUUCCGCAUUCACAAGACGGUGCACAAGAUGCUCAACGCGCGCGGGUACCUCGUGCAGCAGAAGGAAUUAGAGCGCGACAAAGAUUCCUUCAGGGAGGCGUACGGGGACGACCCGAAGCGCGAAUCUUUGACGCUGAUGCUCCCGCGAAGGGACGAUCCGUCCGAGAACAUCUUUGUGUUCUUCCCGGAGGAGGAGAAAGUGGGCGUGAAGACGAUCAAGGAGUACGCGAAGCGCAUGAAGGACGAGAGCGUGUUUCGCGCGAUCAUCGUCGUGCAGGCGUCGCUCACGCCCUUCGCGAAGCAGUCCCUGCUCGAGUGCGCGUCGCAGAGCUUCUACAUCGAGCAGUUCCAAGAGAUGGAGCUCCUCGUGAACAUCACCGAGCACGUGUUGGUGCCCGAGCACGUGUUGCUGUCGGACGCGGAGAAGCGGACCUUGUUGGCGCGGUACAAGGUGAAAGACACCCAGCUGCCUCGGAUACAGUUGCACGAUCCCGUGGCUCGGUAUUACGGCAUGCGCCGAGGGCAGGUCGUGAGGAUCAUCCGGCCGUCGGAGACCGCGGGGAGGUACGUGACGUACCGUCUGUGCGUGUGAUCGUCGAGCUGACGGUGGGCGGCGGGACGUGACGUGGGGGGGUGGGCGACGGGCGAUCGGAUCGGAAUCGACGGCGUAUCGAUCGACCGAUCGCAUAACUUGAAUAGCAGCGAGGUGUGACGACGCGGCGUCGGCAUAGAAUGAACUAACUCAUCGUACGCGCG